GAGGAGGGCGGAGGGAGCCUCAUGCCGCAUGCCCGUCCACCGCAAGACGUUCAUGCUGUCCAGCGAGGGUGAAGGGUGUGGCAGCUUCUCGCGCACAACACCUACGCGCUUAACACUUCGUACUCCAAAUAUACACUUUUCACUGGCCACACCGAGCCGGCUCGGAGUAGCAACUCCGCCUCAGAGGGGUCUGUCAUGCUUUAUACGCGGCACCAGUGAUGACGAACCUUGUGGGGAACCACUUGACGUUCGUUGGCAUCACCCUGGCGUCUGUCCAAAGGGCCGUACUGGACGACUUCGCUGGACAAUUCCGUUGCCGCCGUCCGGCGUCUUCGUGGAUGCCGAGCGUUGUGUUCCAGAGCUGUACGUCUACCGCCAGGGCCAGCUUGUGGACCGCAUCAUGGACUGUGUGGUCAGGUGAACUGGAUUCCACCUCUGCUGGCAGCCCUCACUUAUCCCCAGGGCGCCAAGGUCUUCAACCGGGUCGUCGCGCCGAUGGUGGUGCACUACCUGGAAACGUCUGUCGCGCAGUUCAGGGAGGAGCAGAGGGUCGAGAAGGCCGUGUGGGACUGCAUAGAGCAGACCGGCGUCAAGAAGUCGUACACGCAGAAGGCUUUUGACAAGCUGACGCGGUCCUACGACGUCGCCCACUUCAAGGCCCCUUACGGGACCAACGCGGCGGAAACGCCUGAGCUUGGCAUGCUCCAGGACUUCGUCCAAGGGUGGAUGUUCGAGUUUGUGAAGAACGCCCACGACGUCCUGAACUCUGGGGUGGCGGGCGAGGGUUCCAGCAGGACGUCCAGGGACGAGCAGGUGCUUUUCGUAACGGUGCUGUUCCAGAACCUUUGCGACUCCAAGAACGCCUGCCUCCCGAGCGACCUGACGUCGCUGAUCCCCGCGGCUGGCGCGCGCAGAGCCGCCGAGCCCUCUGGGCACGUGGUGUGAGCGCGGGGCGGGACUCCCUACCUCCCCAGGGCAGCUCCUUCCCUCUCUCUUCCACAUCCUCCCCGGGCUGGCUGCCUCUUGCCUUCGCCUUCCGCACCGCCGUCGCAGCAAGAGUGGUGCCAGCCCUGGCUACUCGGGCGGGGUGGGGAGCCUUCCGCAGGACGGCGCGCAGGCUGCCGCAGUGCCGAGCCCGACCGACCCUGGGUCAGCUCUCCGACCCCAGUGGGG